AUGCUUGCGAUAAGACCACCCUUGGGUAGAGUGAUAUGCCCAGCGUGUAGGUUGUUCUCCUCCCUGUCAAGGACCUCUUGCCCGUCAGAGCACCCGGCAAUUCAAAACAGAUCAAGAUCAAUCAUCUUCGAUUCACCUAUAUACAAUCCACCUUCGUCAGAUACUUCUAUCAAGCCCCUGAAAUACCUUCGACGGGAGUACGAGCAUGGUACAGAUAUCAAAGGGAAACGAAAGCAGAAAGAGACGGUAGAAGCAGAUGAUCCAUAUCAUGUUAUGCUCAACUCACCUCUAAGGCAAUGUAUAGUAACCCGCCAGAAAUUCCCAUCAGCGUUUAUGGUGAAUCUGCGUCCGACCUAUUUCCCUCCUUCCUCAAAAGAAUUAACAGGAUCGCUCAAACUCCUACCUGAUCGGAUAAUCACAAGGGGCAGGAGCAAGAAAGGUAAAGGAGUAUGGGCGAGUUGUCAUAGAACAGUGAUACAGCAUUUGUUGAAUGAUAAAGGUCCACAUAUAGGAUCCUUGCGAGCUUUCCCUUCCAUCACCAUUCCGAAUAAUAUCAAAACCAUCAUUCAUUCACAAUUAUUACAAAGGGUUCAAAACGAAUUAGAAUGGUUAUCCAACAAAUUAUCAAGUCUAUCACCUCGAGCUGAAAUAUCAGAUUCCUCUCCCUCUUCCUCUUCCUCAGAUCCAAUUCACAAGGAAAUAAGACAUAAACCAAUUUUAAGGAGGUUGACGAGCGUUGAAGUUUCUCAUAUAAACAACCAGGAUGGUCAUGAUCGUUCCCCAGCACAGAUAGGAGAUGAAGGCGAGAUCAUAGCAUUACUAGAUAUCUCAGGUCUAAACUCAAGCUCAAUCGCGACCACUGGACUCAUCUCAAGCUCAGCUCCGGACGUGGAAGAUGCCAUUGAUAUCCCCCUUGUAUCGAUUCAAGGUAAAUCCAUACCCUUAUACAACCUCUCUACCUUAUUUCCUCAAUCAUCCCAUCUGCAUCUCAAUACGAACAUCAAAAAGAUAUUAUCGAUCGAACGCAAACUUAAACGAUGUACUAAGAUGUCCAGUCCGAGGAUCCAAGGGGAAGAACUGAGCAUCAAGUUGAAUCAUUCAGAUAUAAUAGCUUUAUGCAUCUAUCCUUCUGGAUCAGUCGAUCAUAUACAGAAACAAAGAGGUGUAGUCGGUAUACCGUUGUUUGUAUCUGUAUGGAGGCUGGGGUGUUUUCUAGGUCAAGGGUGGGUGGGUUGA